AUGGAAAACGUUUUACAAAUUAAAAAACGACGAAGAAAAUAUUUAUCCAAAAAACACAAGGGAAAUGUCGAUAAACUAAAAAAAUGGCGAAAAAGUCUUAAAACUGACAGUGACACGGAAGAAAUAAAUAAUCUGUCGACAUCGGAGUACCAUCCUAAUACUAUCGAUGAUACUAUUAUAACAGAAACGAAUAAUGCACAAAUGGUUAAUGAUCAUAGUAUGGUACAAUACUUUUAUCCAUUAUCACCAGAAACUUCCACAAGUAUAUUCGAACCAAUAUUCAACGUAAGUACCGUAGUCUCAGAAAACGGUUCAACUUCAAGGAUUGAUGAUGAUAGUAUGAUACAAGACUUUUAUCCAUUAUCACCAGAAACUUCAAAAAAUAUAUUCGAACCAACAUUUAGCCUAAGUACCGUGAUCUCAGAAAACGAUUCGACCUCAAGUUGUAAGCUUUUCUCUUCUGAAAACCCCCACCUCAACCAUCUAAGUACUAUCGGAACAAACGACUGGAAACACUUGCCUGAGAAACUUAUAACUCAUGAGCGUUCUGUUCAGCAUUUUAAAUCUAUUGAAGCCUGGACAGAAUUUAAAAAAAGAAUUUUGAAAGAAAAAUUUAUUAAUCAACAACAUUUAUCUAUUAUUGAGAAGGAGAAAAUUCAUUGGACAAAUGUACUGAACAGAAUUUUAUCAGUCAUUCAUUAUUUAGCUGCUCAUAAUGAUGCAUUUCGAGGUUCAUCAGAUGUACUUUAUACUAAAAGUAAUGGGAAAUUUCUUGGUUUAAUAGAAAUGCUGGCGAAAUUCGAUCCAGUAAUAAUGGUACACGUUUACAGAAUUCAAAAUAAAGAAACACAUGUCCAUUAUCAAGGUCAUAGAAUACAAGACGAAAUUAUUAAUAUGAUGGCCAAUGAAAUCAAGCAAAAAAUAAUAAGAAACAUACAAUCUGCUAAGUACCUUACGAUUAUAAUGGAUUGCACUCCAGAUAUUGAACACAGCGAGCAACUUGCUAUUCUUUUGCGAAUAGUACAUAUGGACGAAGAAAACGAAUACAGUACACCUACUAUACAGGAAUAUUCCUUAGAUUUUAUAACUGUCGAUUCUACAACUGGUUUAAAUUUAUCGGACGUUCUAAUGAAACAACUUAAACUAUAUAAAAUAAACAUUGAAAAUUGUCGAGGUCAGGCCUACGAUAACGGAUCGAAUAUUACAGGAAGAUAUCAAGGAGUUCAAACCCAAAUCUUAAAUAUAAAUCCACGAGCAUUUUUUACUCCUUGCGCUGCCCAUAAUUUAAACUUAGUGUGA